GGAAAGAAAUGUAUGAAAUGUGGUAAGCUGAAUCAUUUUGCAAGGAAGUGCAUGGCACAAAAUACAAGAAACAUAAAGGCAGUUCAAGAAAUGCAUCCAAGUGACAGCGAGGAAUCAUAUGGCACGUCAAGAUGAGCGUCGUAGAUGGCGGGGGCCCGGAGGAGCCGGCCCUCACAGCGCCAGCGACCACCCCCACCACGCCGCCCCCCUCCGCUCUCGCUCCAGAUGGCACCGCACAACUCAUACAGGUCCCAGUCGCCCCCCGGAAGCCGCCCCGCCGAGGUCCCAAGGUCCAGCAGGAGAGGCCCAAGAGAGCGCUGUUCUGUCUCACGCUCAAGAACCCCAUGAGGAAAGCCUUCAUCGACAUCGUGGAGUGGAAACCUUUUGAGUACAUGAUUCUGACCACCAUCUUCGCCAAUUGCAUCGCCCUCGCCGUCUACACACCCUAUCCUGCCAGCGACUCUAAUUAUACCAACUGGGUUCUUGAAAAGAUCGAAUACGUGUUCUUAGUUAUUUUCACCGGUGAAUGCGUUAUGAAAAUCAUAGCAUACGGGUUUAUCAUGCAUGCUGGCUCCUAUCUCAGAAACGGAUGGAAUUUAUUGGAUUUCACUAUCGUCGUCAUCGGAAUGGUCAGCACGGUGUUAUCAAGUAUAUUCAAGGACGCGUUUGACGUGAAAGCGUUGAGGGCGUUCAGGGUGCUUCGCCCCUUGCGACUGGUCUCCGGCGUGCCAAGUCUUCAGAUCGUGUUGAACUCGAUCCUGAAGGCGAUGGUGCCGCUGUUACACAUCGCGCUGCUAGUCAUCUUCGUCAUCAUCAUCUACGCCAUCAUCGGACUCGAGCUGUUCUCCGGCAAGAUGCAUAAGAGCUGCUAUAAUAAAUAUACAGAUGAGAUAAUGGACACCCCUCACCCUUGCGACCUGGACAACGGCUUCAACUGCUCCCUCAUCGGCGAGGAGAUGGAGUGCAGGGAAGGCUGGAUCGGCCCUAACUUCGGCAUCACCAACUUCGAUAACUUUGGCCUCUCCAUGCUGACUGUCUUCCAGUGCAUCACUCUUGAAGGCUGGACUGAUGUUAUGUAUAAUAUACAGGACGCGAUGGGCAACAGUUGGGAAUGGAUAUAUUUCGUGUCUAUGGUCAUCUUGGGAGCUUUUUUCGUUAUGAACCUCAUUCUUGGUGUGUUGUCUGGAGAGUUCUCAAAAGAAAGAGAAAAAGCGAAAAACAGGGGCGACUUCCAGAAACUUCGAGAGAAGCAACAGUUAGAAGAAGACCUGAAGGGCUACCUCGACUGGAUCACUCAGGCGGAAUACUUGGAACCACUGGCUGAUCAGCAUGAACAUCAUCCACCAGUUGAACAGACUAGAGAUUAUGGGAUAGAAUACAUUUCAGGUCAGACACAGAACGAGCACGACUCCACCGACCAUCUCGGUAUAGAGACCAACGAACAGCAGAAAGUAUCCAUUUGCAAAGUUUGGAAAAAGGAUUUUGAUAAAGUGAACCGGCGAAUGAAGCGAGCUUGCAGGAAAGCAGUGAAGUCGCAAACUUUCUACUGGCUGAUCAUAGUGCUUGUGUUUUUGAAUACAGUCGUGUUAGCCAGCGAACACUAUCAACAGCCAGAAUGGUUGGAUCUCUUUCAAGAAUACGGCAAUGCGUUCUUCGUGGCUCUCUUUACGUUGGAGAUGUUAGUCAAGAUGUACAGCUUGGGUUUGCAAGGCUACUUCGUCUCGCUGUUCAACCGGUUUGACUGCUUCGUGGUAAUCGGGUCUAUCAGUGAGAUGGUGCUCACGAAGACUGAGGUGAUGCCUCCUCUUGGCAUCUCUGUGCUGCGGUGUGUCAGGCUGCUGAGGGUCUUCAAGGUUACCAAAUAUUGGCGCUCUCUCUCCAACUUGGUGGCGUCUCUCCUCAACUCCAUUCAGUCGAUCGCAUCACUCUUACUGCUGCUGUUUCUGUUCAUCAUGAUCUUCGCGCUGCUGGGCAUGCAGGUCUUCGGGGGGAAGUUCAACUAUGACCCAGUGGAGGAGAAGGAUCGGCACAACUUUGAUUGCUUCUGGCAAGCUUUGCUGACUGUAUUUCAGAUUCUAACAGGUGAAGAUUGGAACGCGGUGAUGUAUGAAGGCAUUAAGGCUUAUGGUGGAGUGGGCACACCCGGGAUUCUAGCUUGUAUUUACUUCAUCAUUCUCUUCAUUUGCGGUAACUACAUCCUACUGAACGUGUUCUUGGCCAUCGCUGUAGAUAACUUAGCAGACGCCGAAUCGUUGACCAAUAUAGAAAAAGAAGAAACGGCGCCUGAAGAGAAAGAAGGUGGUAGUGUGGCAGCAGCUGAAGGUGUACAUAUAGAUACUGAUGAUGAAUAUAUACAUGAUGAUGAUGUGUAUACGUCAGAUAACUCUGAAAGAGAAUACGAAGAAACAGGUUCAGAGGGAGAGCAACAAGAUGAGAUAGAUGGAGAAAUGGAUGAAAUCAUAGAUGAAGAAAAUGAAGCUAUCGAGAGAGCUGAAGAGGAACAAGAGAGGGAGGACCAAGAGAUGAUGGAGGGUCAUCAGAGAAACCAUAUAGUGAACACAGAGUUGGAUGAAGAGCCUCGACUGAAACGUAAGCCUACAACUUCAUCAGCGCGGCCGCGACGCCUCUCAGAAGUCGAUAUAUGCGACACUAAGAAACCCAUACCUGAUGCCACCUCCUUCUUCAUAUUUGCUAAGACCAACAGGUUCCGAGUGUUUUGCUACAAGAUGUCAUCAUCAUCGACCUUCGGGAACAUCAUCCUCGUGUGCAUCAUGCUGUCUUCCGCCAUGUUGGCUGCUGAAGACCCGCUGGAUGCUGCACAGAAUGGGUUUAGGAACUGGUUGCUAAGUCAAUUCGACGUGUUCUUCACGGGCAUCUUCACGCUGGAGCUGUUCCUGAAGCUGAUCACGUACGGGCUGAUCCUCCACCAGGGUGCCUUCCUGCGCUCCGCCUUCAACGUGCUCGAUAUGCUCGUCGUCUGCGUCUCUUUAGUCUCUAUGAGUUUUAAGUCGGGUAGUAUAUCGGUGGUGAAAAUAUUGCGAGUGUUUAGGGUGCUGAGGCCUUUGAGGGCCAUCAACAGGGCCAAGGGCCUUAAGUAUGUGGUGAAGUGUGUGAUAGUAGCGAUUAAGACUAUAGGAAAUAUAAUGCUAGUUACGUAUUUAUUACAAUUUAUGUUUGCUGUGGUCGGUGUACAGUUGUUUAAGGGCAAAUUUUUUAGGUGUAAUGAUAUUUCUAAAAUGACAAAGGAUGAAUGUCAGGGAACGUAUUUAGUAUUUGAGAAUCGCAACUAUAUGGUGAGAGACAGAGAAUGGACGCGUUAUGAUUUUCAUUUUGAUAACGUGAUGAAAGGAAUGCUCACUCUGUUCACUGUGUCUACUUUUGAAGGAUGGCCAGGGCUUCUGUACGUCUCUAUAGAUUCGAAUGCUGAAGAUCGGGGUCCCAUAACUAACUUCCGUCCAAUUGUUGCAGCCUACUAUAUUAUUUAUAUUAUUAUAAUUGCCUUCUUUAUGGUAAAUAUAUUCGUCGGUUUCGUCAUAGUAACCUUCCAAAACGAGGGUGAGCAAGAAUAUAAAAACUGUGAAUUAGAUAAAAACCAGAGGAACUGCAUAGAAUUUGCACUCAAAGCUAAACCAAUUAGAAGAUACAUACCAAAACACAGGAUCCAAUACAAAGUGUGGUGGUUUGUGACGUCACAGCCGUUUGAAUACGCAAUCUUCGUGCUGAUCAUGAUAAACACCAUUACCCUCGCCAUGAAGUACCACAACCAGCCCCAUGAGUACAGCAAGGCGUUAGACUUGUUGAACAUGCUGUUCACGGCUGUUUUUGCGUUGGAGUUCAUAUUUAAAUUAGCGGCUUUUAGGUUCAAGAACUACUUCGGCGACGCGUGGAACACGUUCGACUUCAUCAUCGUGUUAGGCAGCAUCAUCGACAUCGUCGUCUCCCAAGUAAACGAACUCAAGAACCAGGGAAGUGGCAUGCCUAGGACACACGUUGUCAAGGAAAGCUCGAUACCAUCAAUAAACUUUUUCCGACUCUUCCGAGUAAUGAGGCUGGUGAAGCUGCUAUCCAGAGGCGAGGGCAUUAGGACAUUGCUCUGGACUUUCAUCAAAUCAUUUCAAGCACUGCCAUAUGUCGCUCUACUUAUCCUCAUGCUGUUCUUCAUUUAUGCUGUAGUUGGGAUGCAGGUGUUCGGAAAAAUAGCGAUAGAUGAUGACUCACCGAUCACAAGAAACAAUCACUUCCAAACAUUUCCACAAGCUUUACUUGUUCUAUUUCGAUCUGCAACUGGUGAGGCAUGGCAAGAUAUAAUGAUGGGAGUAUCCCCGGAGCCUGAAGUGAAAUGUGAUAAGAACUACCACGAGGAAGGUGAUGUGGAAGUGGAAGAUACCGGUGGUACAUGCGGCAGCGUGCUCGCUUUUCCAUACUUCAUUAGUUUCUAUGUACUCUGUUCUUUUUUGAUCAUCAAUUUGUUUGUGGCUGUCAUUAUGGAUAAUUUUGACUAUUUAACUAGAGACUGGUCAAUUUUGGGACCACACCACUUAGAUGAAUUUAUAAGAUUAUGGAGUGAAUAUGACCCUGAUGCAAAGGGUAGAAUAAAACAUUUAGAUGUAGUUACUUUAUUAAGAAAAAUAAGCCCACCUUUAGGUUUCGGUAAGUUAUGUCCGCAUCGCGUGGCGUGCAAAAGACUUGUGUCUAUGAACAUGCCGCUGAACUCCGACGGCACCGUACUCUUCAAUGCCACGCUAUUUGCCGUCGUUAGAACUUCACUUAAGAUCAAAACUGAAGGCAAUAUAGACGACUGCAACACAGAACUAAGAGCGGUCAUCAAAAAGAUUUGGAAAAGAACAUCUCCAAAACUGCUAGACCAAGUAGUACCACCGCCAGGAGAUCCGAACGAAAUCACUGUGGGCAAGUUCUAUGCCACCUUCCUUAUACAGGACUACUUCAGAAGGUUCAAAAAGAGGAAAGAGCAGGAGAUGAGGCAGAGUGACGAACAAACGCAUCAGAUGACACUGCAGGCUGGGCUGAGGACACUACACGAAGCGGGUCCCGAACUGAAAAGAGCAAUCUCUGGGAAUUUGGAUGAUAUUUCUGCUGAAUGUGAUGUGCCUAUGCAUAGGAGAAACCACUCCUUAUUUGGAGGUGUCUGGUCGAGCAUACGAAGGCAUGGACCAAACAGACACUUUCACAGACAUAGAAAACACGGUGAACCUCCGACAGAUGGAGGUGGCGCUGGCAGCGCGGGUGUGGGCAAUCAUUUGAGUUCUAUGAUGCAAAGGGAAUAUGGAGUCGGACCACUACCUCUUACACCUAAUUUAGCAAAUGGGCAGCCAAAGGAACAAAUACCACUUAGACCUCUUAUAUUCAAUGGAGAAUCGGAGAAAAUAUAUCAAGUCCUCGACAAUCAAAAGUCGAACUAUCCCGAGAUGCUCGGCCAGAUCGGUCUCGCCUUCGGCUGCGUCAACUAUCUGUCAACGCCGAGCGAGGCCUUGACCGCACCCAAACCGACCGCGACGGUAUCGAGACAGAAAGUUCACCCGGAGGACUCGACGUCUUCGAGGGAGAAACUAUCGAUACCUAGAAUGGCGUCAAUGGAAGACAAGACGCCUUCUCCAAACACGUUCGAGCAGAUACAGCCGAAGAUAUCGCCGCUCCUGGCGAGCGAGUGCACGCCGACGACGGAGUCGCGGACGAUGACGUUGUACGGGUACAACGCGGCCGCGAAGCUGCCGUUCGCGUUCUCGCACGCGAAGGAGCGCGCGUGCCGCGGCGGCGAGCGGCGCAGCCUGCGCGCGCUGAAGCCGGCGCCGCGCGGCACAGGUCGGAUGGUGCGCAGCGCCUCGUCGGGGGCGGCCUCGCAUGCUCCGCCCGCGCGGCUUGUAGAUCGCCCGCACUCGCCAGGAGGAGAUAGCUUUGGGCGUGGGGUGGUGUCGCUACCUGGCAGUCCACGUGGAAACAACUCCUCGGGGCCUGUCGUAGUGGGGUCAGCAGAGAGCCUCGUUACAAGGGUGUUAACAGAACAGGGUCUGGGUGAAUACUGUGAUCCUGAGUUCGUGAGAAACACGUCUCGGGAGAUGCAAGAGGCACUUGAAAUGACACAGGAGCAAAUGGACAGAGCCGCUCAUCAGCUGAUGGUCAACGAGAAGAACAUAAAACAAGCUCAAAGCCAACAACCCCAAGUUGGUAACAUUUGGGUUGUAGGGCGACAUCCUUGCCCGCCAGUACCACCCGUUCCACCAGCCGGCCGCCAUGCCGCCGCCGGUGUGCAAGCGGUUAUAGCACCCGCCCUCCCGCAGCCCGCGCGGCCCGGCGACCCCUCGCGCCACACGCAUCAUAGGAAGAAAAGAAAACGCAAACCAGUACUGGUUUAGCGACCUUUUAUUGUAUAAAUAUUGGUUCAGUCAUAUAGUUUGAUAAUUUCAUUCUAUCGUCAAAUAACUCAGCCGAGAACAUCGGCCACUGAAACUGAGUUAUUUGACGUUUCACGAUAUCUAUGCUCAAAUUCUUCGUUUGUUUCUCAAUUUUUCAAACAGGCGGAUCAAAAUUAGGGUACGUGAGUACAUUUUUAAAUUCUAUACUGUGGUGAACACAGGUAAAGUGAGAAUGUAGUUGUUUAGGUAAAUAGCAUAAUUUUAGGGCCAUGGACAUUGAUGGGAAAUAUUUGUACCUACUCGAAACUACUUGGGUAGCCUUUAUAGUCGACAUUUCGGAGUAUUGGCCCUUUUAAAUUCGUAAAUUAGAAAAUGUAAUUUUUCGAACUAUGAGAGAGAAACUCUCAUUAACUAAAUAGAUAGAAAUUGUAAAUCAAAAUUAAUUUUAUCCUUUUUAGAUAUUCAAAUUGAUUCUUUGCAAAAUAGCGCAUUGUAUUGUGCAAGUUUUAAUAAAGUUUAUAUUCAAAAAAUAUAUAUAAUCGUAUAACUUUAAUUAAAUUAAUUAAAUAUUUUAGAUUUCAUAAAACUUGCAUGAGACAAAAGCUUCUUUUAUUUAAAAAAUAAAAGAGUGUUUCAUAAAGCGAGCAAUUCUUCCUAAGCGAGCAAUAUUUGUUCAAGUAACAAAGCUUUCAAAAACUUUUGUACGCUAGAGCUUUUGUGGUGAAUAUUAUGAAAUUUGGUGUGAUUUUAUUCAAAGAAAUCGCUUUAAUUGUUACGAUUCAGUAUUAAGUGGGAAGCUAAUUCACGUAUUUAGCGGUCUUUGCGUAAAUUAUAUAGAUGUUGUUUUUUUUUGUUAAUUUCUAGCACCAGAUCCAAGACAAUACCGUAUUCGAAGACUUUGACGAACUGAUUGUAAAACUUGCCCUCGGCGUGGGGAAAUCCAAUUUUCAGUAGUUUACCUACAAGCUGAAUUUAUAAAAAUCUAUUGCCCUCGGUAAUAUUUUCAAACAGGGACACAAGUGUGAAACAAAGAUUUUUAUGAAAUCAGCUUAAUUGAAUAGCUUUGACCACUUUUAGAAUAGGCAUUAAACAAUUGUAGCGUUAAUCCGAGGCUUCGCCUACGAUGAAACUAAAGAUGAGAGUCUGAUUUUCAUCUUUUCAGUAACUUUACAAUAUAAAGUAAGCACCCUUUUGAAGUUUUAAUAGAUUUUAUAGAUGGCUCGAUUUAUAUACGAUUUUUCCAUCCAUAUCCUUCUCGGGUUGUUAGUUAGUCGACUUCUGUUUAAUCUUUUGAACUCCGACGUACGAGCUUAGGUGUGGGAACAUAGUUUGUCCUUCGCUAAUUAGAUGGCAAAUUAUAAAUAAUUUUGGGCAAUAAUUUUCAUAGUUACUUCCUUGCUCUCCAAAGCUGCGUGUAUUUGUAACAAUGUCACGGAGUGUUUAUUUUGAAAUACAUUUUUUCGUCUAUAAAAGUCCUGCUAACGGAAGAAAGAUUUUCUUACCUAAUUUACCUAAGACUUAGUAAAGCUUUUGUCUUUUCAAAUAUCAAGAGAACAUGUGUUAAUGUUUCGUCACCACUUCUUUUUGAUGACGAAUUUAGUGAAAAAACUAAAAUUGUUAAUGAAAAAAGUCAAAAAGAGAAUGGCUGUUACUAACCAUUUUUUCAUAAAGAAUUUCAUAAAAGACAGUUAAAAAGUAUGUGUAUUUGCGAAGAGGCAUUUACUAAUCGAUUGUCUCGACUUCUAAUUAGUUAGGCAGCGGAGUUAGGUAAUCAUUAACUAUUUAGUUUUUAACUCUAGUUAAAUUUAGAAAGAUUUGCAACAUCUUGAACUGUGUGAAAAAUUCUUUAUAAUAAUGUUAAGGUGGUUUCUUGAUUUGGCCCAUUACUACCAAUUAAAAUGACAAUUAUGUAUUGUGAGCUGAUAAGUACAGUCGACUUUCGUUAAUUCGAAACUCGAGGGACUCUUAAAAUAUUACGAAUUAUCGAGUUUUUGAAAUAUUAAAUGGUUCGAAAUUUGUGAGAGAAAAUAAAUAAAACUUCGAAUUCUUAAGUGUUGAUCAAUUAUUAUUUGUUAACUACUAUUUUAUAACAAUGUCAAAAGUUUAAAGACACAUUUGUGUGCAUACAUGUAUUCAUAAUGUGAAUAAAUUAAUCUUUCGAAACAGCUCCGUCACACUGCUUCAAAACAGAUUGCUGCUACUCAGACUGGUCUCUGACUCUGACUUACAAUCUUUCCGCCUCUUUCUCUCUGCAACUUUGAAUUCUCGAGUGUUGGACGACUAAGAAUUCGAAUUAACGCGUCGGUUUGUUAUAUAGCAAUGCUUUUUUCGUUCGAAUUACCAAGUGCAUAAAAAUGUAUUGAUUUAGUUCGAAAUAUAAAGAGAUUUUGUAGGGAACUCGUGAUAACUUUGAAUUAACGAGAGGUUCGAAAUAUCGCAGGUUUGAAUUAACAAGAGUCGACUGUACCUAAUUACUACAUCUCUAGUCAUCUAUGCUUUGUAAUAAGUUGAAGAUUUUCAAAUAUAUCAUCAACCUAACCGCCAAAUUUAAAAUAGUCACGUUUAAAAAACCAGAGCAAGAUGUUGCAACUUUAAAAAAAUCUUAGCUCUUUAAGAUAUUCCCUAGUAAGUGCCCUUUUAAAUCUAUGAAGCGACGUAGUGUAGAUAAUCGUCAGCAACUCCAUUUACCGUCAACACUCCACAUUCCUCUAGGAUUAAGGUCAAUAAUCUAACCGACAUUUUAUAUUCUGUUCAAACCUCUUCGCUGGACAAAGAAGAUUUUUCAUAUGAACUGGCGACAAAUAUUGCAACUGGCAACAUAUUUUUUUACACUUAUUAUUACUAUAUUUUUGGUCACUUAUUUAAUACUUUUUGAGUUUUUAGGUAAUUUUAGCUAUACAAUAUUUUUUCUUUCAGAGACAGAAAUUAAAUGUUAAUGUAGUAACGUAUUGUAGUUGCAGCAUUUUUCGUCUAGUCAAAACCUGCCUAGAUUCUAGAUAAACCUAUUCCUUCUACACGUUUAGGCUACAACAGCAAAGACAAAGUGGAGAGGUAACGCACAAAGUAGGGACAAAGAUGUUCGUGAAAUUCUAAAUGUAUAUAUUUAUAUCGUUUAUUUUUUAUAGUUCGUAGUUUUCAAUCGGGAUAUUGUCGUCAAACUCUUAUAGGAAAGUCGAAAUCUGUGUUAUGUAGUCUAAAACGUGCCCAUUGAGCGCUGUAGAUUACCUAAUAUCAACGAAUUAUUUAAACCAUGCACAAAACUAGCUACGAUAAACAAAAUUAGUUUAAUUAUGCCAUUAUGUAUAAGCAAAUGCUCUUCUUUUCUUUGUUGUAAAGUAGCCUAAUCUAUGCUUCCCCAAAAAUUUUUUGGUGCCAAUGUAUUAGACGUUUUGUCUUAAUUGUUAUCUAAACAUAAAGUUGCCUUUAUAUUUUCAGCCAUUUUUUAAAACGUUUGAAAUUCCUAUCCUAUUGUUUUUUCUGUUUAUCUAUUGUAAGAGUUUAUUGAAGUUUGAAAGAUUUUUAUUGAGGAUAGAGUCCCAUUAUAUAUAAAUAAAUAAUGAAACAUGAUUAUGAAUUGCUGCUGUUAUUUUUAGCAGUUAUUAAAAUACUGAGUGCUGUUAUGAGCAAUGCAAUUAUCAAAAUAAAUCCUCGAA